AUGCAGCACCAAGCUUUAGACUUCCAUAAAAAAAGGUCUAAAUUACUUAAAUCUCAUUUCUAUGGAACAGCAGCAUCUGAAACUACACCACUUGAGCCGUUAAGAAUGUCGAUAGCGCAGUCCAAUGAACCUCCAAAUCUGGCGAAAAUUGGUUCUUACUCGAUUGGUCAAUCGACUGCAACCAGUACACCAACACUGCCUACUGAUAAAGCUGAAUAUACUGAAACCUUGGCUGCGAUAUCCGAUGAUUUGACUGCCACUACAUCACUAACAGCUGAACCUGCUUUUAUGACGACCGCUGCCUCUCUCUUUCCUUCCCAAGUUACUGCAGUUCCGUUACCAGCAGAAGGCAGUACGGUGGUUAAUUACGGUUUCAUACCGACACCAAAUAGUAAUGAACCGCCGUUAACCAAUUUAACUAGUACAACUUCAAUCUACACUGACCACGAGUCUCUACAGUUUGCCGAAGUGGCAAAUGAAUACUUAAGUGGAGUAUCCAUACCAAAGCAUAAUUAUUCUGAUAGUGUGCAAACUUUUACAACGGAGGAACAGACUACUCCUAGCUCAAACCUCAAUAAUUUUGCUUCGGUAUAUCAAGAAACUUCACUGCAGCCUCCUAUAAAUAACAUUACAACCAACAGCUAUUAUGGAUUUAUUCCGCUUGACAACCGACAAACAGCGUAUGAAACGGUAUUCGAGGCUAAUUAUUCGACGAUAAUUCGAGGAGUAACUGAAGAACCACGAACUCUCAUCAUUACUACACCGUACGAUUUUUCGUGGGUGCUUCAACAAGGAAGCUGGCAACGAGAAAGGGGGGAUUCCUUGAUUGCUCACGACUCAAGAAUAAUUCAAAAAACAACUGCACCACCAAUGACAGCUGGUAAUUCUUCAACUAACAAUUUUUCGCUGAUACUUCAGCCAAAUGACCAGCAAUCAAAUGACAAAGGUGUUAUAGGAAACAAUAAUUUAAGGAUGUAUCAAGAUGUAACUAAACAGCCGAUAACCAUCAACAACACUGCCGCUACUCAUGAUUUUUCAUGGGUUCUUCGACAAGAAGAACAAAAACCAAGAACUGGGAGUAAUUUAUUUGAUACAAAUAACUUUGGAGUAGUCCAGAUAGUAACUCACCAGCUUGGAACGUCCAGUACUACAGUUUAUGACUUUUCGCGAAUUUUGCAGCAAGAAAAUCAGCAGACAGCUAGCGGAAAUAAUACGAGUGUGAGUGAGCCGCAGAUAAUUCAAAGAAUAUUUGAACCAUCGACAACAGCUAGCAGUACAACAAACUUCGACUUCUCAUAUCUACUUCAACAAGGGGAGAGACAGGAAAUAGAUGAAGAUGGCUCAAGUAACUAUCAAGAAAUGAAUAAAAAACCUAAAAUUACCGAUAAUAUUGAUGUAUACAAUUUUUCUUCGGUUUUUCAACAGGAGCAAACACAACCGAAAAAUGUAAGGCCAUUGGAAACGACAUCAUUGGUUGACAAAGUUACCAGCGAUAAUUUGUCUUAUAUCACUCCACAGCGAACAACAAUAAUGGGUCGAACUCAAACAGAUUUGCCAGUAGUUGACAUAUCGUGGCUGACAAACUCUUCUCAAGCACAGGUUCUGAUAAAUGCACAUAAGACAACAAGUGCCCAAAGAUCAGAUCAAACUACAGCUCCUUCAAUUUCUUAUCACCCAAGUUUUGUUGAUGUUGACUUAACGUGGUUACUCAAUGGAACUCAGGAGUCUAUGGUUCUUUCAACAUACAGUGCAGCAGGUACCAGUCUUUUAACAGUUUUAAACUUAUGCAGUUCUCGAUAA